AAUUCCCCCAUUAAGUGCCAAAGGAUUAAAUUAGAAUAGCAAGGAUUUCCCACAAACAUGCUGAUCCGGCGCCAUUGUGGGUUGCCAACAUCGAUUUCCGCUCCCAGGACGAUGAUGGAUGGACCGAUCCGUCUUGCAACCGAUCCGAUCCAAGCAACAUGGAUGUAUACCAAAUAGAGCUGGAGGCACAGGCACAAAUCCGCUCCAAUCUUCUGGUCGAAAGCUGUGUGAAGCCCUCGGUGGUGGAGGAGCAGCAGCUGCAAGUCAAGGAGCAGGACCACCUCAUCAAGGACUUUGACGAGGGAAACCCGAGCGACGGUGAGGACGACGAGGAGGAGAACGACACCGAGGACGAGGAGGAGGAAGAGGAGGACGACGUGGGAGCUGUAGAAGAAGAAGACAUAGAAGAGGACGAAGAACCGGAGGAGGAAGGAGCAUUGCUGGCAGGAGUCAAUUUCAAUGCAAAUUCUGACUUUAAUUUGCAUUUCUUUGACACACCGGAGGACUCGUCCACACAAGGUGCCUACAGCGAGGCCAAUAGCUUGGAUUCCGACCAGGAAGAGGAAGACCUGCCUCAGCACAAGUUGCAACAGGCACAGCAACAACAUCACCACCAGCAGCAGCAGCAGCAGCAUCAGCAACAGCGGGAGUUGCAGGAUUGUUUGAGUGCCAUUGAAGCGGAUCCCCUGCAGUUGCUGCACUGCGACGAUUUUUACACAGCCCCAGUGGAAAACGUAGCAGCUCCCCUUGCCCCACACCAGCAGCAACAACAGCAACACACCCACCAGCAGCAUCAGCAGGCCCAGCAGCAACCGCAACAACAGCAGCAACAUCAACGCCAGCAGCAACAACAUCACCCACAGGCCCAGCAACAUCAGCAACUGAACUGCACGCUGAGCAAUGGUGGAGGUGCUUUGUACACCAUCAGCAGUGUGCAUCAGUUUGGUCCGGCCAGCAACAACAACAGCUCCUCACCCACCUCCUCCUCCGCCUCCAGCGGCGCCCACGCCUCGCCGGAUAGUGGUUGCUCCUCGGGUGCCUCGUCCGUCUCAUCAUCGGAGCAUUUUGGCCGCUCAACAGCAGUUGUCAAUGUCAGCGGCCAGGCUCAUUCAUCCUCGUCAGCGGUUACCAGCAGCAGCAGCAGCGGCAACAACAACAAUAGCAACAGCACCAUCAGCAAUUGCAACUCCAACCCCUCAGCAACAUCUUCAUCUGUUGCGCAUCUGAACAAAGAGCAACAGCAGCAACAGCCACAGCAGCAGACCACGCAGCAGCAGCAACUCCAGCAGCAACACCAACAACAGCAGCAACAGCAGUCGCAGCAACAUCAGCAAUUGCAACACCCGCAGCAGCAAUCGUUUGGAGUCUCCUCCAAAUCUUUUGUGCCCUGCAAAGUUUGUGGCGACAAGGCAUCGGGCUACCAUUAUGGUGUAACCUCCUGCGAGGGUUGUAAGGGUUUCUUUCGUCGCAGCAUCCAGAAGCAGAUCGAGUACCGGUGCCUGAGGGACGGCAAGUGUCUCGUCAUUCGACUGAACCGCAAUCGCUGCCAGUACUGCCGCUUCAAGAAAUGCCUUUCCGCUGGCAUGAGCCGCGACUCUGUACGUUAUGGUCGUGUUCCGAAGCGUUCCCGUGAGCUGAACGGAGCAGCCUCCUCCUCGUCGUCCUCCUCAGCGGUGGGCGUGCCUCUAAAUGUUGAUGAUACAUCGGCGCACAGCCUUCAUCAAUCCCAGCUACAACAGCAACAUCACUUGCAACAACAACAGCAGCAGCAACAACAACAGCAGCAGCAGCAAUCGCAUGCUAGCAGCAUAAGGGUUAAGACACCAAGUACACCACAAACGCCACAAAUGUGUUCGAUCGCCUCCUCGCCAUCGGAGCUGGGCGGUUGCAACAGUGCCAACAACAACAGCGUCAACAACAACACCACCGGCAGCUCGAAUGCCAGCGCCGGCAGUGUAGGCGGCGUAAGCGUGGGCGUGGUCGUUGUCGGAGGACACCAGCAGCUGGUGGGGAGCAGCAUGGUGGGCUCCGAUCAGGUGGGCAUGUGCCACGACGGCCUGGCCGGCACCGCCAACGAACUGACCGUCUACGAUGUCAUCAUGUGCGUCUCGCAGGCGCAUCGCCUUAACUGCUCCUACACCGAGGAGCUGACCCGGGAACUGAUGCGUCGCCCAGUGACAGUGCCACAGAAUGGGAUCGCCACCACUGUGGCCGAAAGUCUGGAGUUCCAAAAGAUCUGGCUGUGGCAGCAAUUCUCGGCCAGAGUAACGCCCGGCGUUCAGCGGAUUGUGGAGUUUGCGAAACGCGUACCUGGCUUCUGUGAUUUCACCCAAGACGACCAGCUUAUUCUCAUCAAGCUGGGCUUCUUCGAGGUCUGGCUGACCCAUGUGGCACGCCUCAUAAACGAGGCAACUCUCACACUAGACGACGGAGCCUAUCUGACGCGCCAGCAACUGGAGAUACUAUACGAUUCUGAUUUUGUCAACGCCUUGCUGAACUUUGCCAACACACUGAACGCCUACGGGCUAAGUGACACAGAGAUUGGACUCUUCUCGGCCAUGGUGCUCCUGGCCUCUGACCGGGCCGGACUGAGCGAGCCCAAGGUGAUCGGCCGGGCCAGGGAGCUGGUGGCCGAGGCGCUACGCGUCCAAAUCCUGCGCUCCCGGGCGGGAUCACCACAGGCCCUGCAACUGAUGCCGGCGCUGGAGGCCAAGAUACCCGAGCUUCGGUCCCUGGGGGCCAAGCACUUUUCACACCUAGACUGGCUGCGGAUGAACUGGACCAAGCUGCGCCUGCCGCCCCUCUUCGCCGAGAUCUUCGACAUCCCGAAGGCCGACGACGAGCUGUAAGCCCGGCAUGAGGAUCGAAAUCAGAAUUGGAUCUGCCGGAGGAUGGAGGAACUGGAGAACUCCGGAGAUUCCAAGGGCCGUGCAAAGCAACCGCAACAAAAAUAUUCUACCACUUGUAGGCUUAAGCAACGUAGCAUUAGCGGAGACAGAGGAGAGAGAGGAGAUAGAAGGUCAGGAGAUCAGAUACACGUCUACUCAGCAUUAAAUGGAAUAGUUCACUAAGCCCAAUUUGCAUAUUUGCAUAACUAGCAGUGUUAGAGCGUUCCGAACUCCCCGCUGAACAUAUCCAUGCGCAACAUAAAUUAUUUAUUUCAUUGUUGACUCAUCAAGAUCCACCAAGCCACCCAUACCAUAUUAUA